GUAUAAUGCAGUUUUGCGACAGAGCAAACACGACAGAAAAAUGCCCAGUGCCAAAGAGCGACACUCAGUAAGGGAAAAACAAAGACGCUCACUUGAGCGCAAUGUAAACAAAUACACCGACUCCACGAAAAGUGACUUAAGCAGUAUCUUCAUUUGGUUCCCCAAGGAUAAAAUGUGUACCCUCGAUACCACGUCAAAACUGUUACUAUGCGGAAUCACGUUGGCGUGGUUGGUCUUACUAGCCAGCAAGACGUCAGCUUUCAAAAUUCCUCGAGACGGUGGUGGUGGUGGUGACUUCGAUCUGCGAAGUUCCCUACGGAGGAAAUCCUUGGAGUCUUCGAGACUCCUCUCGUCAGUGAAUCCUUCGCCUCCGACGAGAGGUCCUGACAUUCGUGAAGGAAAUGACGGCAAGAGCAGCCGCUUCGAAGCAAUCAUUAAUACUUCUGGCUUAUUCGUUUGGCUUCAGGAAAAACAGAUUUAUUCAGCCAUUAACAACACAGUGGUGAGAGAAGGCAAGGUUUCCAGAUACCACGGGGGAAUACACGUGAUAGUCCUCCACGAGAAAUGGCACAGGAUAAUGAGGACAGUCCAGUUCCACACCUGGCAGCCGGCAUCCCACAGGAUGCUGACGAAGGCAAUGCAGGAGAUACAAGAUGGCAGGAUCGUCAUCUUCCUCGGAGUGCCAGAGUACACAACCUGGCUAACGCCCGAUGCCGCCCAAAUGCUGGCAGACAUGCACUCUCACUUCGGCCCGAUGAGCGCCCAAGGGGAAGCCUGGGUGAUGGCAGUUCGCAAGGGGCACGAGGUCAUCUUCGAGUCCAUUAUCACUUCGAGGAACGUCACAGCUUACGACGUCUCGCCUCUGAUCUGCUCGGCUACGAUACCGGUGUUCCCUGAGCGCGCAUGCGCAUGGCACGGCAUCCCAGAGAUGCGAGAACGCGCGCUUUUCUGCGACAGGUACGAGGGCUACGGCGACUUCUGCAGAUGCCAGAAUCCGUCCAAUAUAAAUCCCAGAAAUGCGGAGGCCGAUUGGGAUCUGUGGGUUCGAAAGCAUCACGUGGAUAUCAAGCAUCAAGUCAUAAUCCCAGAGGUACCAAGAACCAAACACGAAGGGGGAGGGGGUGUCCACGUCACAGGCUACGAACAGGAGCUGAGUUUCCACCAGAGGCCUUACAACUUGAAGCCCAACGUCACUCUCAAUAUGAUCCGACUGUGGGACUUCGCCUAUGCUUUGGAUAUCAUGAGGAUUUUGGACAAGGCCACGACUGUCAACAUCACUCAACACCCGUGCGAUAAGCAUCCUGUCCCGCGCUAUCAGAAGAGAAGCCCCUUAAGCCACGACAGCGGAGAGAGGAACGCCUCUACGAUGAAGGACACAGCCGAGCCCAGCCGGCAAGACGUCGGAGUAGCCACCACAGUGACGCUUGAAGCUUCUCUCAGCUCUGAGGGAGUCACGGUCAAAGUAGAUGGCGCAGAGGUAUACAAAAUGGUAAAUAAGACGCACCCAUGGGGCGAAACAACAGCACGUCUACACGCGGGGAUCCACCUGCUCAUUUUGCACCAAAAAUCUGGGGCCGUGAUGAGGACCCGGAAUUUCUACACUUGGCAACCGGAGCUCGAUAGGCAACUGUCAAUGGCACUUGACGAUGUUAGGAGCAGGGAGGCUGGUUGUACUACUAGGCGCAGUGACGAGGGCUGCAGCUGGUACUCAAGGACUAGUACUAUGACCCAGAGAGGGGAAUUCUGCGAGAAGUACGACGGUUACGGAGAUUUUUGCUCCUGUGAAAACCCUUCAGAGGACGUGGGUCGUCAUGAAAUGAUAACCUACGGGGAAGACUCCAUCCCAGUGGCUAUAGUCACAGCGAAGCGCCUGUGGCAGGUAGUUCGCCAAGUGGGCCACAUCAGGAGGAAUUUGGGGGGCGAGGACACCCCCAUCACACUUUUCGUGGAUGGUCACAACCCAGAGGCGCGAGACCUUGGUAAAGUGUUAAACGUCUCCGUCGCGGAGCAUAAUAAUUCUGCAUCCGUUGGCUCAACGCAGAGAAUCAACAACCACGUCAAGUUCUCCUUGGAACAGAUAUUCGAACGAAAUCCUGAAGUCAACCUGGCUAUCAUACUCGAGGACGACCUCGAACUGGCACCGGAUUUCAUAUCGUAUUUUCGUCAGGUGGGUCCUCUCCUGCUCAAGGACCCAAGUCUGUCGUUCAUAAACGCCUUCAACUACAACUCGUAUUCCCACACGGCGAGCGACCCAACAAGACUCUAUCGGGGCCACGGAAUCCCCGGCUAUGGGUGGAUCACAUCUCGGAGGGCAGCUCGAGAAAUGCUGGGCAUUUGGGCACCUACUAACAAUAGCGACGCCACCUGGGACUGGUGGAUCCGCGCGGGCCUCAUGGGCUCCAAGGACAUGAUCGUCCCAGAAGUCCCGAGGACCAGGCACAUGGGAGGGGGCGGGGUGCACAUCUCCGGCUACGAUCAAAUUCUGUUCUCCGCGCAGCCGCUCAGUAAUUUGUCCUACGUCGAAAUGAACACCAACAGCAUGACGAAAGAUGAGUAUGACUUCAACCUCCGACAAGACUUGGCAAGAGCCUCGGAAGUUCAAAUCCUCCAACACCCCUGUGACGCUCUGCCACUCCCUACGAACAAGACAGGCGACAGCUACGCCAUCUACAUACACCAGCCAGGAGAGGGACGUGAGCAUCAUUCUUACUACGUUGUCUCUCUUUGCCUUGGCAUCAACGAUCGAGAUCCGCACGAAAGUUACAACUUGAUGACGACUUUCUCAUUCUAUGGAAAUCAAGUGUUUGUGAUUGCCUGUCCUCAUUCCCCAUACUGCUCCCCCAAGAAUCCUCGAGUGAUCUACAGAGCCACGGAAGACGACGCCCUCUACGCCAAGGAUAACGGAUUCCCGAAGGCCACGCUGGACAUGAACUACGCCUUCAGGAGCCCUCCUAGGAACGACAGGGAGCAAUACCAUCUCCAAAAUCGCCUGGUCGUCAAUUUCCGCGUCCCGUAGCGGCGGAUUCAUUGCAAACAGCAGUUUCGUUUGUAUCAGCUCAGGAAUUUUUUUUUAGUUAUUUCUAGCCUCAAAGGUUUACCUAUGUGGCACAUGUAUGCACAAAAGUAUUCUUUUGCUUUUGUCUUUGUUUAUUUGUAUGGUGUUCUUACAUUGCACGGAACGUUAUUCAGCAACGGGACCAACGGCUUUUUACGUGACUUCCGAACCACGUCAAGAGUGAACUUCUUCUCUCACCAGAAAUACUACAUCUCUCACCCCCUCAGUGGAAUGCCCGAGAAUCGAACUCGCGGCCACCGAGGUGUCAGGUCAAGUCCAUAGCGAUCACGCCAC